GCUAUAGCAGCAGUAAGACUUCCUGUCAUUUCUACUCGUCCGUGUCGUCAUCUGUGUGCGCCGGCCGCUCUCUAGUUGCUAGGCAACGACAUACACAGCGAAUCAGCGACUGGCACAUCUGAGCUCCCCGCUGAUACAGACUGUCUCGCCCUGUCCUCAAUCCUGAGCCGCUACUUUAUCCAAUGAGUAAAACUUCCGCCAUUGUACGUGGCGUGCGUGAGGCCACAGCCCAGAGCACGUCACGGACUGGCCAAUCCAAGUCUCGUACAGAAAAGUCUCGCGCAGUGGCUGUGGCCCCUCUCCCUCCGGUGGCAGUGGAAAUUGUGGCAGGUCGAUUCACUGAGGAUGAUUGGGCAUCUCUGGUGGCACAGGAAGAUGGAGAGGAAGUGGUGGGAGACAUUGUGGAGUCUUUGCUUGCCCUUGUAAUGGAGAAAUGUUUUAACAUCUACCUAACCCGACAGAUCAUUCCUUACACUAUUGGCCAAGCCCAGGAUGCAAUUCUUCAGAUCACUGAGUGGGCUUUUGUGCCCAGAGAUGAGGGGGAGACCAUUCUGGAGAAGACAUGGCAGAAUAUGAAAGAGCCCCUACCCUGCACCACCGACUCCUGGGCACAGGGCUGUGUCCCCAUCAUCCAGGCAGCCCCAAGCCCAUGUCCUGGAGAUACACAGGUGGCUUUGUUUGAAUCCAUCUCUGAGACUCCAGAACAAAGGUCUGACCAUGCUCCGUCACAGCUUGAUACAGACUGCAUCUCAGGGCCAUCAAACUCAACUGCACACCAUGAUCAGCCCAACGAGACAAGCAAUGAAAUGAAAAACAUGGCCUCUACAGCCAAGGAACCUCCGCUUCUUCUACAGCCAGUGCCACCUGCCCAUGAACCCAAGAGGAAGAAGACUUAUCGUCCGUACCGUGGACCUCUCCGCUCGGCUGGCUUAAGAAACAUCACUAAGUCUCUUGAAGAUACGGAGAAGGAGAUGUUGAUGGAACAGCUGUUCAAAAUGAGGGAGGAGGAUGAGAAUGAUAGAAACUUCCAGCUUCUUCCCACCUCCCUGCACAAUAUCCUGAAGAUCCAGCUGGGAAGGCCUCCACAGAAGAAAGGUGUCAUCUAUGAUGAUACUGGCAAUGUUCUCUGUGUGCCAAAACUUGACCCUUCCAGGCUUCCUAGGCACAGCAUAUGCCCUCAGGUGGAGCUGAUGGACCAUACAAAAGAGACGGAGCACAGGGAGAAGAGACGCAGGCAUGUAGGACGGCCUGUAGUUACUCGGCUUCCUAAGGCAGACAUGAGGCUCAGAGAAAAAGAGACCCCUAGACUGGAUCAAACUUAUAGUGUCGGGAUCACCCCAACAACCACUGACUCGCCCCAACUCAUGCAGGAUAGAGAAACAUGUCAUCCAUAUACCACCAGCAGCUCUGCCCUGACACAGGAUUCCAAAAGUCCCUUCCCACUCUCAGCUGGUCUCCUAUUGAAUACCAUGCGCCUGUCCCAUGGAGUCACACUGCGGGAGGGUAACAGCACCGAGAGAGGGUCCUUGUACAGCCUACAGCUGGGGGACCCCAUAGAGAAAAGGAGGGAACUAAAGCCAAUACAAGCUUCUGUCACCCUUCCCAGAAUCCCUGUGGAGCAGCUCAUCAAGAACCACACCCCUCAUGUGCGCCCCCCACCUACCUUCAUUUCUUACUAGUGCCUCAAAUGCCACACCCCUCAUGCACCCCAACACCCACUUCUAUAUCUUAUUAGUGCCUCAGAAGCCACACCCCUCAUUCCAUUCUAAUUGCCUUUUACAGGAAGUGCUAUGUGCAAAGGAAAGGUAUUUCUCAUUACUUACCUUUAUUCUCUGUAAUGAACUGAAUGCUAAUUAUUUCCUGUUAUGCAAAUGAAUGAUCUUCAGCCACAA